AAGCAAGCAAUUCAAUUCCUUCGAACGAACACAAAGUCACACAUUUAUGUAAUCAAACGGUUUAGGAAAUUUGAUAAAAGUUCGAUUAUCGAUUAACUGCUUUCGAUACUCUAAGUAGUGCUUAUUUCAAGUAAUCGGUGAAGUUGACCAGAUCGCGUGUUUUACGAAUAAACGAACGUUCGACGUUAUUUCUUAGCAUUUCUGAUGACUAUUGAAACUUUCGAGAAUAAGAUGGAAGAUGAAUCUAUACAACCAGGAACAAGUCAAGCUGAUUUUAUUGAAAAGGAAUUGAACUUUAACAUAGAUCCAAAUGAACCGAUGACAAAAGCAGCUUUAAAUGAACAUCCACCUGAGGAAUGGAUAGAUAUCUUAGGAAGUGGACAGCUUAAAAAGAAAGUUGUAGAAAGUGGGAAAAAUGGAACACGUCCAAAUAUAUCUGACAUCUGUACUUUAAAGGUUGUUGGCAAAUUAAAAGAUGGUACGAUAGUUGAGGAAUAUGAAGAUCUCAAAAUUCAAUUAGGUGAUGUUGAAGUGAUUCAGGGAUUAGAUUUAGCAAUUCCAUUAAUGGAUAUAAGUGAAGUUGCUGAAAUUGAAGUUGAUCCAAGAUUUGCUUAUGGCUCUCGAGGAAAAGAACCAAAUAUUCCACCAAAUGCCACUAUUUUUUAUACGGUUCAAUUGAAGUCCAGUGAAUUAGAAGAAGAAAUAGAGACCCUCAAUGUCAAACAGCGAAAAGAAAUUGGCAAUAAAAAACGAGAACGUGGAAAUUGGUGGUUUAUUCGUGGUGAACCAAUACUUGCAAUUCAGUGUUAUCGGAGAGCACUAGAAUUUUUAUUACCAGCAGAAAGCCGUACAUCCUAUCAGAGUGAGGCAGAAGAUACCACUACUGAUGCAGAACUGCAGGCUUUAUUAGAAGAUCGUGUGAAAGUAUAUAAUAAUUUAGCAGCUGCACAAAUGAAAACACAAGCUUAUGACGCAGCAUUAAAAAGUGUAGAAAGUGUCUUGAGCUGUCAACCUCAAAAUGUAAAAGCACUCUUUAGGAAAGGAAAAAUUUUGCAUUAUAAAGGAGAACAUGCAUUAGCAUAUCAAACAUUGCUUCAGGCAGCAAAAUUAGACCCAGAAAUAAAAGCUAUUCAGAUGGAAUUAGCUAUUUUAAAAGAGAAAAAUGCUAAGGAUGCUCGACAUGAAAAAAAUCUAUAUCGUAAAAUGUUAGGAACACACAAUAGUUCUCAAAAAAAUACAAAAAAACAAAGAAAUAGAAAUACAUCAAAGCUUACAUGGAGCUUAAUUGGUGGAGCAGCUGCGGCAAUUUUAAGUGUAUUCUUAUAUAGAUUUGUUUCGUGAGAAAAAUUUGGGGAUAAAUUAAAAUGAAAGACAGUGUCUAAAUAUUGUGAAAAAUAUUAGUAUAUAAUGAAAUAUCGUUGAUUUCAAAUGACUAUAAAAACAAGUAUAGGUAUAAAAUCAAGUAAGUUGUAAAAAUUUGAUAAUUUUAAUAACGUAUAAAGAAACCCCUCCCCAAAAAAGAUCGUACUAUUAAUAAAAUUGUAUUUAAACUUUGUUCAAAUCUUGCAUUUUAUAUUAUAAGUUUUGCAACAAACAUUAAUGUGUAAAAAUAUAGUUGAUUUUUGUCAAUUGGAUGUAUCUGGUGCUGAAAAAGUUUAUAAAAAAAUUGUACGCGUUGUGAGCAAUAUAUAUACUUUGUUUAAAUCAUUACUUUACUUAAACUUUGUUGACAUAGAUUUUAAAAUGAACUUUUUUCAAAUACAUUUACAAAUAUAAUUAAUAAGAAAAAACUUUACAGUUUUAUUUGCAUUAAUUAUUUAUCUUAAUAUCAAUAAUAAAAUAAAUACUUCCGA